AUGUCUAGACCUACCGCUUCUGCUGAUGAAUUCGCUCUCGACCCACGGCUGGCUUUAGGAGAGGCCAGGAGUGCGAUGUUGGAGUUUGACAACACAGUCAAGCGCCGUGUGACCGACUGGCAAGAACGUCGUACCCCUUAUAAGUCCACCUCUCAGUCACAGUUUGCCUCCGAAGGGAAUACUGUGCCCACAAAUACAGCUUCAGUGGGUCUUACCGAGGGGGCUUCCUCUGAUUUACCUUCUCAGAGAACAACUUGCGCUGUACCCGGCAGUUCCACUCCCCUUUCUUCCAACCAGAAAAUCGUCCAAGUUGCGCUCGCUGCUCCAUCGCGUCUUAUCGGCCAAGUCAAUUUCGAAAAAGGCGAGUUCGAACGAUACCAUCCCCACGCAGGUAUAGGCUCGACUCGUUCCAAUAUUUGGAGAAUGACCUACGAUGAAUUCAAGACUUCGAGAGCGGCACAGAUGUAUAAGAGGCGAGUCCAUAAAGCAAUCGAAGAAGAGCUUUCGAAAUCUUUUCGAAGAUUGACUGUUCCAUUUACCAUUGAGGAAAAAUCUGUAGAAAAGGAUCUCAAACCGUUGUAUGAUACUUGGAUUCCGGGAAUUGACAAAAACGAAUUAGAUUGGAGGAUAUCUCAUGCUAUAACCCAUUGCAAGAAAGAACCGAAAUCUCAGCAGGGAUAUGAUACAAUGAUAGAAGAAGGUAAUCCUGAUAGUAUGAAAACCGACUCUCUCGCUCAACGAGGACUUUUGAAAGAAGAAAAAUAUUCCAAACUAUCUCGAUGGCUUCACCUCGGAAGGAAGUCAAACCCGAUUGAUAGCCAGCCUUACGAUAUACUCACAUGUUAUAAGAUGGUGGAUGAGAGUUGA